GUUGCAGUUCACUUUUUUUUAGCUGAAAUAAAGACACCGUGCAUCUCUCAGCUCUAGAACACUUGCACUCAUUGAUGUGUGCGUUUUGUGACAUGGGCCAUAGGUCAGAUGUUCGAGUGCUUGUACAUAAUCUUUUCCCGGAUAACAGAGGAUUUGUGUAUUUUUACUGCUUCACUUUUGGAUUUUUAGGUUCUCCCUUCUGAUUCUUUUCUUAACAAAUCACCCAUAGUCAGAUAUACACCCAUAAUGCUUUUGCAUGCCUGAUAACAAAUCAAUUCAAUAUAGUCUAAGAGGGUGAAGUCCCUACACCCUUGGAUGGAUUCUGUAGCAGCAGUUUUUGAGGGUGUGAAAAUCGUAGCCUGCUUCACUAGAUUAGUCAUAUAGAAGAAUCUCAAUAUCUUUUUGGUGCUCAGGUCACUGGAAAGCAGCAUGGCCUGGCCAUGGUGAACUGGGUGAUGAUAUGUUUAUCAUCUUUUGAGAUUUAGGUGGAUACAAUAUGGUUUUCUGUAGCUGUAUUCUUCUCCCAUCAUUGUCUCUGGCCAUGCUGGGUGAUGAUAUGUUUAUCAUCUGUUGAGAUCUAGGUCGGUACAAUAUGGUUUUCUGUAGCCUUAUUCUUCUCCCAUCCUUAUCUAAAAUAAUAUCACCUGUUCACAGUAAUAUGUUGCUUUAACAGUUAGAGUAGCAUUGUCACGCUGGUGCAUAUCACACCGGAAAAAGGCAAGACAAGUGGUUGAAACAUGGAAUCAGUACUUCACUUCAUCACAGAGAGAGCAGCGUGUCACAUUCUUAUACUUGGCCAAUGACAUCAUACAAAACAGUAAGCGCAAGGGCAGUGAAUUUGUUAAUGAGUUCUGGAAAGUUCUUCCUAAGGAACUCAAAAUUGUCUAUGAAAGCGGAGAUGAGCAGUCAAAGAAAGCAGUUGCCAGACUGGUGAGUUAUUAUUCAUUGAGUUUUGCUUCUUUUGUGGCCAUUGUCCUUACACUUUGACGAAUGAGUCGAAAUUGAUUAAUUUCUUCACUGUUCUGAGAUUUUUUGUGUAUGUAACUAUGGCUUCUUGCGUCCUACUCCUAUAUGUUGAUGGUGGGCGAUUGUGCAGUUGGGAUAAUCAUUAUGCAUGAGGUUAGGUAUAUGUUUUCUCGUCUUUUGGUUGCUUUCAUUUGUUCGUUGAACUAGUUGAGGGUUUAAAGUAUGAUAUUCUGAAAUAAUGCAAUGGCUAACGAAAGUACAAGUACGCUGUGGUGCACUAUACUGGGUCUUUGUGUUCCUUUUUUUUAUUUCUUUAAGUUAUGUUUCCGAUUUCUGAAGCCUAUCUGGAAUUUAUAAUGGAACCACCGAAGCAUUCGAUUGUACAUCCAUGUGGUUCCUAAACAAUAUGAAAUUUCCAGAUUCAAAUUUUUUGUCCUAUUCUUGCAAUGUUAUUUUAUUUUGGCAUCUUUUAGAUCCUAUUUAUUUUAUAUUUUGUCGCCAUCUUUUGUCUCAGGUUGCCAUUUGGGAAGAAAGGAAGGUGUUUGGUUCACGUGCCCUGAAUCUAAAGGAUGAAAUGCUUGGUAAAGUUCCUCUGCCUCCAGUAGUGAGCAAUGGAAAGAGCUCAAACCAGAUCUCGAACCAGAUAUCAAACCCUAUCAAGAUAGUGAAAAGGGAUGUCAGCUCGUUAAGAAUUAAACUGAUGGCGGGAUGUAUUCCGGAGAAGAUAUUGACUGCAUUUCAAUCUGUUCUUGAUGAAAAUCAAACCGAGGAAGCUGCAAUGGAUAAGAGUAGUGCUGCCGUGUCUCAUUUGGGUAAAAUCAGAGAAGAUAUAGAAAGUACAUCAAUUGCAGGAAAUCAGCCUGGUCCUGCACUGGUGGAUGAGCUACAGGUGCAGGAAAAUGUCCUUCAGCAGUGUGCUGGCCAGCUUGAUACUGCUGAAAAAUUACAUACGAUGUUGAUUACACAGCUUAAAGAAGCACUUAAAGAACAAGAGUCAAAGCUUGACAUCGUUCAGUCUCAGUUACAAGUAAGAAUUCCUGUAUUUAGCCCAUAAAUCAAUGUCAACUCACAUAGUCCCCUCCUCUUUUCAAUGUCUACCAGUACAUAGUAAAUUCUAGCUAAGGAGAGUGUUAUUAUUAUUAUUUUAAACCCUCACCUAAUAAUUUAAUUCCAAUGGUCAUUCACAAAUUCACUUCCAUCCGUAGGAAACAGGAUUGCAUAAGUUGAAACUACGCUGCUGUAUUGUUAGCUAUAGUAAGAAAGAAAAACUAAGUGAGUGAUCCCUGAAAGUUGAAUUCCCUCUAUAUCCUGAUAAAGAGAAUCAUGGCAUUUUCUGCUCUCGUUGGCAUUCACAUAAGAUCAUGACUCUUGUGUAUCCAAGAGCUUGAUAUAUUGUUUUGAACCAUGUUUAAGCUAGCCCAUUAAGACUUGACCUGGCAUGUUGACAACUGAUGUGCACAUAGAAUGCAGUACAAUUUGUUUAAAAGCUUGGAAGUCUAAAGUAACAGCUGUUAGGGGAGCUACUGCAAGACUCAGGUUGGAGAACUUUCACGAGUUAUAGCGAGAUUCCUGUAUAAGUUUUGUGAUGAUCUCGUUGUUAAUUUGCUUUUUAAGCUUUGUUAAAACAAAACAUGCAUGCAACUAGAUUCUGGUUUAAUCAGAUAUCUGCUAAUAAGUUUUUCCUCUGCUGUUUAGUCAUAACGUGCAUUUUUUUUCUUCUAUCCUUUAUCUACAUUCUUAGGUGCAUGUUGUAAUGCUUGACGUGAGGCCUUCAACCUUCACGACAUCUUGUAGUGCUUUCUCUAAUAAGUCUCCAUCCUAUUUUUUUGCUCAACCCUGGUGCCGAGCAUGGGUGAUACCACUGUAAGAAGUAAGAACUAUGGAUCUAGGCGUCUCCAUCUGGAGUUCCACAGUUGUAAACAAAUGUUGAACAAGGAUUGAAAAAGUUUAUUUAUAAGGGGUUGAAAUAGAUUAUAAAGAUAUAAUUUAGGGGAAGUAUUUGGGAAGAUCAAGAGAGAGAAAGAGAGGGGAAACAACGAGGAGGAGAUGUGUGUGAAGUUUAGGGGGUUCAACUGAAGCUAGAUAGAGAGGGAAGUAGGGAUGGCAAUUGAACACGAACUCUCGAGUACCCAACCUGACUCAACUCGGUCAAAGCGGGUAUAAUUAAGUGUCGACAGGUUUUGGGUCAGGUGUGGAUUUUACCCAUUUUUUAAAUUUGCGGGUUGGGUUUUACCAUAACCCAACCCGCUUUCCAUCUGACCUGCACCCAAAAAGUAUAACGGCGUUAUUUUGUAUAUAACAUUAACAAUAUCGAUAAUAUAUAGAUGUUAUUUGUCUUUAUGUCUAUUAGUAUUAUAAACCUAAUAAUAUAUAAUAUGGAUAAUACGUGGGUGUUAUUAGUCUUUAUAGGGAUAUAUUUGUAGAAAUUUUUUCGAUAAUAUUAGAAUAUGAGUGUUCAGAAAAAUAAUGUAUAGUUAUGGAUGGUUGUAAACCCAUGCAUGGGUACCCGUUAGGUUGGGUUGUAUUUGCUCUUCUAAAACGCAUUAGGUAUUUUAUUUUACCAGAUUUUUUUAAUGGGUGCACUCGCUAAGCUGAAUGUGGGCUUGGAACAACUCAACCUAAUCUCACUCAUUGCCAUCCCUAGAGGAAAGAGAGAAUUGGAAUUGGACUAUUAUGUUCUGUAUUGUAUUUGCUUAAUGAGAAAGUCUCUACAAUUACAAGAUAUAAAAUCCUACGAAUUCA